UAAGGAAACAGUUUACAUUGGCAACCAGUACCUGACAGGCAUGCGGAGGGGAGCUGCUACUCAGACUGACCUGAUCGCAGCUUUCUAUUUAUGUUUAUAAAAACGACCGAACUCAUCGCAUAUAUUUACUUGUAUUGGGUUUGUUUUUAAACGCUGUAAUGGAUUCAGCCUCUGUACAUUUCUCUUUAGACCUUGUUUCUGGCUGCGGCUCACUUCUGAGUCCAGAACAGAAAACGGCGCUUCAGACAUCUUUGGUGAUUUUGAAAAGGAACUACAAAUUUACUCGUGUUUUAUUCUGGGGCAAAAUAUUCGGAAUCAAGGCGGAUUAUUAUAUAGCACGUGGACUGGGUGCCGAUGAGAUGAGAGAUAAAACGAUUUUGUACAGCUUAAACUGUAUGGACUGGAACCUGCUCCCUCCAGCAACAAAGGACAUGAUUGCCGAGGCAUCUGUCAUAAAAGGUUGGUUCAUGGGAGAUCCCUCUCAUGAGUAUGAAUAUUCAGAGACGAAAAAGACUGGUGAAGAAGAUCAAGAGGAGGAAACUUCAAUAAAGAUCAAAGAAGAGCACCGACUUACUGCAACAAUAUCACUAAUAGAUGAUGAUGUGGCAGUAGUUCCUCGGGGGGCUUACAUACAGACUCCUCAUGGUCACAUACACACCAACAGGAGCUUCCAAGGGUUAUCAAUGACUGAAGCAAAGAAGUUAAAUAAUUAUUUUCACUUUACUGAACCAAUUUACCUAAAGAAGAAAUCACUGUUGGAAAAAGCGGACAUGGACCCAUCAAUUGAUUUUCUAGAUUCCCUUGAAGAGGAUGUCCCAAAAGGAUCAUGGAGUCUGCAGUCUGAGAAAGGGAACAGUGUAGUUCUCCUACGCAGUCUUCUUUGGCUUGGUCUUAGCUUUUACCACAUCCCUAUGACAUCUCAUCAUGGCUACAUUUACAUGGGCACUGGACAAAAAAACAUAGAUCUUCCUUUUAUGUUGUAGGAAAGACACAAACUCCCUCCAUGAACAACUACAGACAUAUAAAUGGUAGCAUAUAUUGGCAAAAAUACAAUUAAUGUAUUGUUUUAUAAUUUGUGAUUUUUUUGUCCUUACGAAUCUUCAUCAUUAAACAAAUGUGUGAUAUUACAAGUUAA